UCUUAUGACUUGCUUCGUUGGGAACGCUCCUGACUUCCUGAGUCCUGUCUACAUUUGUGUUCUCUACAGCCGCGCCCACUGCGUGCGCGUAUAUAAGGACAGGGGCUAUAGCUAUCCCAUUCACACCAUUACAAACCUAGACACGAACACGAACCACUCUAGCCAAAGAUCGAUCAGUUGCUACCCAAACCAUUCUAGCUUCGCCUCGAACACAAGCAUUUCUCGAUUCAUAGGCAUCUAGCAACCCAGCAGCAAGCAAUGCAGCAAAAGAUUGUCAUCAAGUUGAGCAUGUCGUGCGACAAACGACGCUCCAAAGCAUUGACGCUGGCUGCCAGAGCAGCCGGGGUGACGUCCAUGGUGAUAACCGGCGACGCCAGGGACCAGCUGGAGGUGGUUGGCGACGGCGUCGACGCGGUGUGCCUCGUCAGCUGCCUCCGCAAGAAGCUCGGCCACGCCCAAAUCAUCAAGAUUGAGGAGGUGAAGAAGCCGGAGGAGAAGAAGAAGGACGACCCGAAGCCGGAACCGGCCGAGCCCGUGUACCUGCCGCCGUACUACUACCCGCACAGCUACUACCACCAUCAGUACCAGCCGCCGCACAUGGUCGUCUGCGAGGAACAGCCCAGCAACUGCAUGACCAUGUAAUUGCCAGACAACGAUUUUGACGUAGUACUUUAAUUUUGUUAGCAUGCAACUUUGCAUGGUUACAUGUACACGUGUUUAUUGAUUCAUUGGACGAAAUAAAGAGGACAGAUGUCAU